CAAACAUAAAAGUUUCACGCAUUGUUUUCCCCGAGCAGCGAAAAGGAGAUUCCACCAUGGAAGGAGAGUCGCAGGAGAUCCUACUGAAAACGAUGAAGAAUAAUGGGAUUGUGAUCCCAUCGAGUGCAUCGUCCGUUGGAGAACUCACUCCUAGUAGUUUUGUCUCGAUCUGCGCUCAGUGUCUGAACUCGAUUGAUGAUUCGGCUUCAAUUCCCAUUUCUCUGCCUUUGGAACCAGAAUCAGAGCGCGUCAGGAUCUGUACGGAUAUUGCAUCGGCCGUUAGGAGUCUGGGUUACGCCGGAGAUAUCAGCUUCCACAAGUUCCUGUACCCAUCUGAAGAGGACCUGUAUAAUCUGAUAAGAUUCUUGGCAAAGAGGAUUUCUGAGUCUUCUGAAACAGGAAGAAUUUCUGACACUAAAAACAUCAGCAAACCAGGAGAAUAUAACUUGAGAAGCUCUUUGGAAGGAUCAACUAAAAGGCCAGAUGAUGAAGGGGCAGCUUUUGAUUCUUCUAAUCCUGUAACCAAAUUAAAUGAUCUUAGAUUGGAGAUGGAUACACCUGAAACACUGAGCACUGAGGCUGACUUAUCUAUCCACCUGGAUGACCAAACUUCUCAUGGAUCAAAUGAAGCUGCUAAUCCAUCCAGCUCCAGCAUUGAAGAUUUUAGGAAGGAUGAAUUGACUUGUACAUCAAAUGAAAAGGAUUCGAGCAGAGGACUAGUUGCUACUAUAACAGAUGCAGUUGGAAAUGAAGAAACGGAUGCUUAUAUUGGCAGUAAUAUGCCAGGGUUAAAACAGGAGACAAGAAUUGAAUAUGAGAAAGUACAAAAUCAAGACAAAGCAAUGAUUGAUGAUCUGAUUAUUGCAAUGACUUCAGAGGUAGAGCAUCUUGAUCAAGAAUUGGAUCUGACAACAUCUGCAGCUGAAAUGGCAUUCAAUAGCCAACAUUCUGUUGAUUCCUACCUUGACCAGCUCAAUGAACGACUACAAUCUAAAAGGAAUUCCCUUUUGAAGUUAGAGUCAGAGUGGGAUGCUAUUAGAAAACCUUUGGAAGAGAAAAGGAGACGUCUCCAUGAAUCUCUAUUUUCAAACAUUCCAGAAGCACAGGAAAUGCUCCAAAAGUUGAGGGAAGUUGAGCAGGAGCAGCAGUUCGUUUUGUCUGAAAGUAAAAAGAGAGACGAAGAAUAUUCAAAACUUUCUGUAGAUCUUGAGAAGCAGCCAAAAGUGGCGUCAAGGAAAUCCUAUGUUGAACGAAUUAAGGAGAUCACAAAAAAUAGUGGCAAACAAGAUGCUGAUAUUGAGCGGAUCUUGAAAGAAACUAGGGAGGUUCAAUUAGAGAGUAAUUCUAUCCAAGAAAGCUUGCAUCGAACAUUUGCUGUUGCAGACGAAAUUAUAUUUAGGGAAGCAAAGAAAGACCCUGCGGGCCGGCAAGUUUAUAGGCUCCUCACUAGCAUCCAUGAAUGUUUUGAGCAGAUAUCUGAGAAAAUUCUGGCAACUGAUAGAAUUCGAAGAGAAGUAGCUGAGUAUGAAAUGAAACUCGCAGCCAUGGCUUCGAGAAAUUUAGAUGCGGACAAAAAACACGCUGAUCUUGAUGCUGUUACUGGGGAAAACGAAUACCUGAGGCAACCGUUAGAAUAAAUGAUUUUGUUCAGGAGUUCUUUCAAAUUUCAAGUAUAAUAUUGAUCGAAUGUUUUGAGAGAGGCCUUCGUGUUAUGUUGGUUGGUUUUGUCCAUUAGUGAGUUUCUAUAUUCUAGAUGUAAGUUCUGUAUGGCAAUAUUAUUUCUGUUCCAUAUUGAUUACUAUAUAUAUAUAUAUAUAUAUUAGUAAAAUCGUUUAGUUAA